AUAAAAAAACAAAACAGCAAAGAAGAAGUAUGUAAUUAAUCAUUCUUAAUAAACAACAAAGUGGCUGUAGUUUAGUGGUUAGAAUUCCACGUUGUGGCCGUGGAGACCUGGGCUCGAAUCCCAGCAGCCACACUUUUUUAUUUCUUUUUCCCGCAAAACUCCCUUCAAUUCCCUUAACUUGCCACGUCAUCAACCCGCGCUUUUCUUCACCCAUUUUCCCGCCAAAAUUCCCCUAUCUCUCUCCCUUUACCCUCUUUCUCUCUCCUGGCCGCCAUUUCUGCAACUCUCCACUUUCUCUCUCUAGAAUCACACUUUCUCUCUCUUCUCCAACUGCAAGAAUGAACAACGACGUCGACUAUGAACAAGAUCGAGGUCUUGCUCGAGAUUUUCUCGUCAACUUCGCUGACAUUCAUGGUGAAGCCAAGUAUAUGAAUAUUCUUCAAGACGUGGCGAAUCGGAAGAGUCGAGCAAUACAAAUAGAUCUGGAAGAUUUAUAUAAUUACAAGGACUCGGAUGAUGAGUUUGUGAGGAAAGUAACUGAGAAUACAAAGAGGUAUAUUGGAAUCUUUGCGGAGGCUAUUGAUGAGCUUAUGCCAGAGCCCACUGAGCCGUUUGUUGAUGAUGAUCAUGACAUUCUGAUGACUCAGAGGGCCGAAGAAGGGACUGAGAAUGCUGAUGGAUCAGAUCUUUUUCAGAAAAUGCCGGCUGAAAUCAAGCGGUUUUAUGAGGUUUACAUACACGCAUCUUCAAAGGAUCGGCCUUUUACAAUCCGAGAGGUCAAGGCUUCCUACAUAGGACAGCUUGUCAGAAUAUCAGGGAUUGUGACUCGCUGUUCGGAUGUUAAGCCUUUGAUGCAGGUGGCAGUUUAUACUUGCGAGGAUUGUGGUUUUGAAAUCUAUCAGGAAGUAACAGCCAGAGUUUUCAUGCCCCUAUUUGAAUGUCCUUCAAAUCGUUGCAAAACAAACAACACAAAGGGAAACCUCAUCCUUCAGUUGAGAGCAUCAAAGUUCCUGAAGUUUCAAGAGGCCAAGAUUCAAGAGUUAGCUGAACAUGUUCCAAAAGGGCACAUCCCAAGGUCCAUGACAAUCCAUCUAAGGGGCGAAUUGACUAGAAAGGUUGCACCUGGUGAUGUUGUUGAAUUAUCAGGAAUAUUCCUGCCAAUCCCUUAUACUGGAUUUAGAGCUAUGCGAGCUGGCUUAGUGGCAGAUACAUACUUGGAGGCUAUGUCCGUCACUCACUUUAAACGAAAAUAUGAAGAGUAUGAGCUGAGGAAUGAUGAGGAAGAACAUAUUGCUCGCUUAUCUGAGGAUGGGGACAUCUAUAAUAAGUUGUCACGAUCAUUAGCUCCUGAAAUUUAUGGGCAUGAAGAUGUUAAGAAAGCCCUACUUCUGCUCCUUGUUGGUGCCCCUCACAGAAAACUAAAAGAUGGAAUGCAAAUAAGGGGAGAUGUACAUAUAUGCUUGAUGGGUGAUCCUGGUGUUGCCAAAAGUCAGCUUCUGAAGCACAUAAUAAAUGUAGCUCCAAGGGGUGUCUAUACCACUGGAAGAGGAAGCAGUGGAGUUGGUCUAACUGCUGCUGUGCAGAAAGACCCAGUCACCAAUGAAAUGGUCCUUGAAGGCGGGGCACUGGUGCUAGCGGAUAUGGGUAUAUGUGCUAUUGAUGAGUUUGACAAGAUGGAAGAAUCAGAUCGCACAGCAAUACAUGAAGUAAUGGAACAGCAGACAGUAAGCAUUGCCAAGGCUGGGAUCACAACUUCACUAAAUGCAAGGACUGCAGUUCUUGCUGCUGCAAAUCCUGCUUGGGGACGGUAUGAUCUUCGAAGAACACCAGCUGAAAAUAUUAAUCUUCCUCCAGCUCUUUUAUCAAGAUUUGACCUUUUAUGGUUAAUCUUAGACAAAGCAGACAUGGAUACUGAUCUUGAAUUGGCAAGGCAUGUUGUCUAUGUUCACCAAAAUAAGGAAUCUCCUGCUCUUGGAUUCACUCCUCUGGAACCAUCGGUUCUUAGGGCAUACAUUGCAUCUGCCCGAAAAGUGUCUCCUAGUGUACCUAGGGAGCUUGAGGAGUAUAUUGCCAGUGCAUACUCCAGCAUACGACAGGAAGAAGCCCGGUCAGACACCCCCCAUUCAUAUACAACUAUCAGAACUUUACUCAGCAUUCUACGGUUAUCUGCUGCACUUGCUAGACUCCGUUUUUCAAGUAUUGUGGAACAAAGUGAUGUCGAUGAAGCACUAAGGUUGAUGCAAAUGUCAAAAUUCUCCCUGUACUCAGACGAUCGUCAGAAAUCUGGCCUUGAUGCCAUAUCUGACAUUUAUUCAAUCUUAAGAGAUGAAGCUGCAAGGACUAACAGAUUGGAUAUCAGCUACGCACAUGCUCUUAACUGGAUUUCCCGAAAGGGAUAUAGUGAAGCCCAGUUAAAAGAAUGUUUAGAAGAGUACGCGGCCCUGAAUGUGUGGCAGAUCCAUCCCAACACCUUUGAUAUUCGAUUCAUUGAUGCCUAAAUGUUGCUGGAUGUAUUUAUUAUCACUCAUGCAGAGACUAGCUUUGGGUGCCCUUCAUGAUGAGUUGUAAUUUUAUUACGUAGUAGUAUGAUAGAUUUGUAAUUUUGAGGUAGAUUUUUCUUGUUUACAGCGAGUUGGCAAUUUAUUAUAAUUAGCUGCAAAAGUUUGGGGGUUCAAUUAAUUCUAUUUCUAUGAAACAGACUAGCAGAAAGAAGAAAAAAUUUGGACCAACAGUUCAAGCAAAGUACUGUAAAAGUGAACUGAUGAAUUAGUCAUAAUUCUAAUACAGCAGAGUAUCAAAAA